AUGUCCGAUCUCGACGACGAUCUUCUUGCGCUUGCUGGCGGCGUGGACUCCUCUGACGAGGGCGAUCUAACAUCCAAGGCCGAGCCUUCCAAACGUCGACGUAUUGAUGAGGACAGUGAAGAUGGCGACAAGGGAGAUGAUGACGAUGGAGGUGAUGAUGGUGAUGACGACCAUCAGGACGACGACGAGGAUGACUAUGAAGCCAAGGGCGUUGACCACGACGACGACGACGACGACGAUGAGUCCGAAGACGAGUUCGUGCCUUACCCCUUGGAGGGUAAAUACAAGGACGAAGCCGAUCGGCAGAAGCUGCUCAACAUGACUGAAAUGGAGCGAGAGUCUCUGCUGUUCGACCGAUCGCAGGAGAUGCAAAAGUACCAGGAGAAAAAGUACCUGACUCAGCGUCUUAAGCAGCGAAAGCGGGACACCGAGCGCAACUCUGAGCGAUCUUCCAAGAGAGAAAAGCUGAGUGAAUUGAAAAAGCGACGAGAGAAGCGAGCCCGAAAACAGGAUGAUUACGACGACGACGAGGAAGACGAAGGAGAGGAGGAGGAAGACGAUUUUGACGACGGCUACGAACCGGAGGAUCAUGUGGUGGACGAAAAGGAGGUGGUCAAGACACUUGACGUACGACUACUCAAUUCAGUCCGGUUCUCGCGAUCCCAGCUCGCCAAGUUUUGUUUCUAUCCUGAAUUCGAGCAGGUUGUGGUCGGUUCUUACAUUCGAAUUCCAAUUGCCGUCAGCAGAACGGAACAGCGAAACCGAGUGUGUCUCGUGAAGGAGGUUGUCCCCCUCAAACACAAGACGUAUUCCCUGGAGGGCACUACAGUCAACUUUUCGCUCAAGGUGGCGUUUGGAGCCGACGAAGCCAACUUUGAGAUGCGAUACUGCUCUGACAGCCCCUUCACUGAGGAGGACUUUGUCAAGUGGAAAAAGGCGUGUGAGGAGGGAGGCGUUUCCCUGCCCAGUGUCCAGCGCCUGGAACGGAAACACAAGGAGCUCAAGGAGCUGGCCACGCGACCUCUCACAUCGCAGGAGAUUGACGACAUGGUCCGCCGACGGUCCAAGCUGUCUGCGGGUCGGGGAGCCAACGCUGUGAUUGAGCGGGCAGUGCUGGAAAACAGACGCCAGAUUGCCGAGGACCAAGGAAAUGAGGACGAAAUGGCCAAGAUUGAUGAACAGCUGGCCGAGCUGGAGGCACUGAACACGUCCAAGCCCAUCUCGUCGCAGAAAGACAAGUUUGCCGAGGUCAAUGCUCGAAACAGAAAGGCCAACCAGGAGAGCAUUCGAAAGGCUGAGUUGAUGGAUCUGGAGGCGCGACGAAAGGCUGCCAUGAGCAACUCUGGUGUCAAUGCCGAUCCUUUUUCGCGUCUCAAGACGACCGUCAAGAUCUUCCAUCAGUCGGCUGAGGAGAUUAGACAGAAGGAGAUGGAGAAGGCGGAGGGGAUCGCCGAGGAGGAGGCCAAGAAGGUGUGUUUGAAGACGCAUAGUAUUGAUUCGAGAAUUGCAACGAUUGAGAUUGAUAUUGAUCUAAGCAAGUUGUGA